GUCCGCGCGGCGUUGCCCCGGGCCGCGCGAGCCGGCGUCAGGCGGUAAACGCUCGGAUCGGAUCGCAUCGGAUAGAGUCGGAUACUCCGGCUGGAUGGGACAGCGGAAAGCCGACUGAUUUUCCUCCGCGCAGAUUCGAUAAAUGAGAACUCGGCUGACCUUGCCCGACGAUCGCGAAUGCAUUAUUUGUUCGGCGAAGCAGUUGACACGGUGUUAGUCACGUACGCGUUCGCGCGUAGACGAGCGCGUUGGCGAAAACAAUUUUUUGCUCGCGUUCGCCGGCAGUUGCCGUCGGUUUGGGCAAACACGGUAAACGAGGAUGGGAGAGAAACGGCUUCCGCGGGAGAGCGCGAGACGGUAACGGCGCGGCGGGGUAGACGCGUUAGACAACGAGCCGCGCGGGGCGCGACGGGACGGUGGGGCAGAGAAAGAGAGCGGCGACGGGAACCGUGCGCGAGAGAAAGGCAGAGGACGGACGCGGUCUCGCGGCGGUUCGCCGGGGGGUAAGAAAACCGAGUUCGAGUGAAUCGUCACCGGGCUGGGCGAGCCCCGAUUGGUCGGGUGCCCGAGCCUAUUCUCCGAAAUUCGGCAGGAAUUCCGAGAAAUCGGCGACGGCGCUACGCUCACCGGCAUCCCUUUGCGCGCUCGCCGCUGCCAACGACCGUCCGUCUCGUUUAGUCGUCGCUCCCGAGCGUCGCGUCGCGUCGGGGCAACGCACACGGAUACGCAACGAGAAACACUGGGAAAAAGGAACCGAGUCGAAGCGAAUCCAGUCGAGUCGGAAAGGGUGACCACCGAGGAGAACCAAGAUGAGACCCGACGAGGUGAUACAGAACGAGAGGCGGGCGAUGGAGACGAUGUCCGAGACUUCGGAGGGCACCGCAGCGACCAGCGUGUCCGGGAAAUCGGGCGAGGAGCUGCACGACAUCGCGGCGGUGCUGGGCAUCGGGAACCCGGACGAUCUCUACCAGGAUCGGUUCCGCGUUGACCGGAGGAAAUUGGAGCAGAUGCUGAUAGGUGAUAAUGACGUGCCCAAGGCAGCGGACGUGUUUUUUCACAACGUUAUGGAGGAGACGAACACCUACGUUACGUGGCCGGCUCGACUGAAGAUCGGAGCGAAAUCGAAGAAAGAUCCGCAUAUAAAGGUCGCGGGUCGACCCGAUGACGUGCGAGCCGCUAAGGAGAAGAUAAUGGAAAUUUUGGACACGAGGCAGAGCAACAGGGUCACCAUGAAGCUGGACGUCAGUUACACCGAUCAUUCGCACAUCAUCGGGAAGGGCGGUCUCACGAUCAAGCGCGUGAUGGAGGAGACCGGAUGUCACAUCCACUUUCCGGACAGUAACCGCAGCAAUCAUCAGGAGAAGAGCAAUCAAGUGUCCAUCGCUGGCGAGAUGGACGGCGUCGAGCGAGCUCGCGCUCGGGUUCGAAAUCUGACGCCGCUGAUCUUCUCGUUCGAGUUGCCGAUCAUGGGGGCGUCGCAGGCCAUCCCCGACUCCACCUCGCCGUACGUGGUCAAGAUCCAGGAGAAGUACAACGUCCAGGUUAUGUUCCGGACGCGGCCGAAGCUGCACGCCACUCUGGUCGUGGUGAAGGGCUGCGAGUGGGAGGUGUCGCAGGUCAAGGAGGCGACGGUACUGCUGAUCCACUACAUGUGCCAGAAUUUGGCUAACCAAAUACAAGUGCAAAUGUCGAUGGAGAUCUCGCCGCAGCAUCACAGCAUCGUGCUGGGCAAGCAGAGCAGCAACCUGAAGAUGAUCAUGCAGCGCACCGCCACGCAAAUCAUGUUCCCGGACGCCGGGGACCCGAACAUUCCCAGCCUGAAGAAGAGCAACGUGACGAUCACCGGUGGCAUUCACAACGUGUACCUGGCGCGGCAGCAGUUGGUGGGCUCCCUGCCGUUGGUCCUGAUGUUCGACCUGCCGGAGGACUCCAUGUCCUCGGUGGACACGGAGAACAUCUCGCAGCUGAUGCAGUCGCUGGACGUGUUCAUCAACGUGAGACACAAGCCGAAGCAGAGCACGCUCUCCGUGAUCAUCAAGGGGAUCGAGCGGAACGCCGGCAACAUUUACGAGGCGAGGAUGCAGCUGCUGGGGCUGGACGACAGCAGGGUGCACGCGGAGAUACCGGCCACGUACCACGUGCCGAACGCCGGGAACAUUUUCCAGGGGAACGUCGGGAACGGUACGAACGGUGGAUCGUGCGGAGCCAACAACAAUCUGGUCGGUGGUCUGUCGGACAGCCUGUCGAGUAUGUUGACGGUGAACACGCAGAGCUCCCCGUAUUGCGUAUCGCCCGUGCCCCAUUCGCCAAGUCCGAUGGGGUUGUCGCCUCAUUGGGGAUUACCGUCGAUAUCGUCCAUGUUUUCGCCGCUGCAGCUCCAUCACCACUCGUACCCAUACGCGCACCUCAAUCAUCUGCUGACCACGCAACACGUGAUGCACAACAACACGAUCCCUCCGCAUUCUCAAGGGUUACAGAACCACGGGUUCAACGGGGUUGGACAGCUGCACGCGAACCUGUCCACGGGAUUCCACGGGUUCCACGGGCUGAACAGCAGCUCGUUGUCCGACCGGAAGGAGCGCAGCGCAUACUCGUCGCUGAGCAGCGUUUCCAGUACGCUGUCGAGUCCAGCGAUCAGCCCGCGGAACGUGUCCCCGGUGAAUCCAAGCGAAACCAGCAGCAACUUAGAUCUCUCUGGCAUGCUGGCCGAGUUGUCGGAUCGACGGGCACCCGGCUGCGAGAAGAAGUCGUUGGAGAUGGCCGUGCAGCAUAAUCUGGGCCCCUUCGAUUACGAGCAGAAGAAAAUGCUGGCCGCGAAGGCGAUGCAGACGAAACCGAACAACAACGAGUACCGAGUCCCCACGUCGGCCUGGUCCGGCUACGGACUCAGUCAAUCCAUUCCUCCGAUAAGCGCGACAGACCUGAGCAAGGAAUUGACCAACACCGUCGGCGGCAGCAACAGCAACAGCAGCAGCAGCAGCAGCGGCAGUAGCAGCAGUGGCACCAGCAACGCCACCACGACGACCACCAGCGCUGCGACUACCCAUCCGUCCGACUUAUGGAAAGAGCCAACGACGCCGGUGUUCAGCAGAGAGAUUGACUUCGGAAUAGUAUCCGGCAAAGACUGCGUUGGACAGAUCGGCAUCAGCUCGAAUUACAUGGAUCACACGCCGACUUCGCGUUUGAACGUGAUCACGUCUCACAGAUACAACGACCUGUCCAGCAUGUUGACCAGUGUCGGCCUGGAGAAAUAUAUUCGCCUGUUCACGUCGCACGAAGUGGACAUGGCUACGUUUCCCACGCUGACGGACAAGGAUUUGUGCGAGAUCGGUAUAAACGCUUGGGGCGCGAGGCGCAAAAUAAUGCUGUUGAUCGCUGAGAUGAGUAAACGGACUAGUCCAUUCUGCGGGAGCGCGGCCCCGGGCGCGGAACGCAAAGCGACCGCCUCGACGACCACAACGACAACGACGACCGCCUCGAUCGACAAGAGCAACCUGGACGCCAACUGGUAAACGGGAGGGGAAAACGCGAACCGGGUACACACGAUCAAUCCGUUUCGAGCUGUGCUACUUGAAACCCGUACCGCGAUCGCGCGAGCAAACAUCGCUUUUCCGAAGGCACGAGAAUUGAAGUCGGAACCGGAAUCGAAAUGGAAAUACAAAUCGAAUCACGCGGGCUUUACCUCCACCGACUCGGCGCGUCGGUGGAACCAAACGGAUAAUCAGUAAGUUAAUUUACGAUUCUAGGCACCGGAAGAACAGCUCGAUGAUACUUUCUUUUGUGAUCGGGGACC